AUUACUGCUUUCUUUUGUGCUGUCAUUUCACAGCUGAUAUCGGAAACUCGUCGAAGUGUUCCCGAGCACCGCGUGGCACGGGGAAAACAUUGCAGAUUACUCAUAAAUUUGUGACCGAAAACGUAAUAAUUCGAUCGAUUGGUGUUAGUUAUCCUGUAUCUGAAUUUUCGUACUGCAAUAAAAUGGAGCAACCAGUUUCCAACGGCGAAAUAGAAAACCCAACGGCGCUUACAACCGGUGAUGACCCGCCUAAAACAGCCAAGCAAUUGGAAAAGGAAGCCAAAAAGGCUGAAAAACUGGCGAAGUUGCAGGCAAAAUUGGGGAAAAAAGCAGCAGCACCUGCAGCCGCCGAAAAGAAGGAAAAGCCUGAGAAAAAAAUUAAAGAGGCCAAAGAGGCUGCCGUGUAUACAGCAAACACUGCUCCGGGCGUGAAGAAAGACAUUACUGGUGCGUUACCGGACGCUUACAGCCCACGUUAUGUUGAAGCACAGUGGUACGGCUGGUGGGAAAAGGAAGGCUUUUUCACGCCUGAAUAUGGUUAUGUUUUUAAUUAAUUUUAAGCGCACUAGCUUAUUAGAACCAAAUCCUAAAGGAAAAUUUGUGAUGGUGAUCCCGCCACCCAAUGUGACAGGUUCACUACAUUUGGGUCAUGCAUUGACGAAUGCUAUUGAGGAUGCAAUAACACGAUUUCAUCGUAUGAAAGGAUUCACCACCUUAUGGGUACCUGGGUGUGAUCACGCUGGCAUUGCCACGCAAGUGGUGGUUGAAAAGAAGCUCUGGCGUGAAGAAAAGUUGACUCGACACGACUUGGGCCGUGAAAAGUUCAUUGAAAAGAUAUGGGAUUGGCGCCGUGAAAAAGGUGUGCGCAUAUACGAUCAGCUUAAGAGUUUAGGCUCUUCGUAUGACUGGACACGUGUCGCAUUCACUAUGGAUCCCAAGUUAUGUAAAGCUGUUACUGAAGCAUUUGUACGUAUGCAUGAAGAAGGCAGUAUUUAUCGCAGUGCACGUCUUGUUAACUGGUCUUGCGCGCUACGUUCGGCUAUUUCCGACAUUGAAGUAGACAAAAUAGAUAUACCCGGUAGAACUUUCUUCUCCAUACCCGGUUAUGAUGAAAAGGUUGAAUUUGGCGUUUUAAUCAAAUUUGCAUAUAAGGUGGAGAAUUCCGAUGAGGAAGUUAUCGUGGCUACAACUCGUAUUGAAACAAUGUUGGGCGAUACCGCUGUCGCCGUACAUCCGCAAGAUGAACGUUACAAGCAUUUACACGGCAAAUUCGUGCAGCACCCAUUCUGCGAGCGGCGUAUACCAAUCGUUGUAGAUGAUUUUGUUGAUAUGAACUUUGGUACGGGUGCAGUGAAGAUUACACCAGCCCAUGAUCCCAAUGACUACGAAGUAGGAAAGCGCUGUAAUUUACCAUUCAUCACUAUAUUCAAUGACGAUGGUUAUAUCAUCGGUGACUAUGGCGAGUUUAAGGGCAUGAAACGUUUCGAUUGCCGUAAACGCAUACUAGAAAAACUAAAAGAACUGGGCUUGUAUCGCGAGACCGUCAAUAAUCCCAUGGUCGUGCCCUUCUGCAGUCGUUCCAAGGAUGUAGUUGAACCCAUGAUUAAGCCACAAUGGUAUGUGAAAUGUGAUCAGCUGGCUGCCGAUGCUACUGAAGCUGUGCGCAAGGGUGAUUUGAAAAUUAUACCAGAACAUCACAAAAAAAUCUGGUACCACUGGAUGGAGGGCAUACGCGACUGGUGUGUGUCGCGUCAGCUGUGGUGGGGUCACCGCAUUCCUGCUUAUCAUGUGAGCUUCAAUGAUGAAAGCGUAAAAAGUGGAACGCCCAAUGACGAAAACUACUGGAUUGUGGCGCGUUCGGAAGAGGAGGCACUUAAAAAGGCUGCUGGAAAAUUCGAUGUGGAUCCCAGCAAAAUAGUCCUGCAUCAAGAUGAAGAUGUACUGGACACAUGGUUUAGUUCGGGGCUUUACCCCUUCUCCGUAUUCGGCUGGCCUGACAACACAGCUGAUUUGCAGGCCUUCUAUCCUACAACAUUACUUGAGACUGGUCAUGACAUACUCUUCUUCUGGGUUGCUCGUAUGGUAUUCUUUGGGCAAAAACUGCUUGGAAAGUUGCCGUUCAAGGAAGUCUAUCUCCAUCCAAUGGUGCGCGAUGCACAUGGCCGAAAAAUGUCCAAAUCUCUGGGCAAUGUUAUUGAUCCCAUGGACGUUAUUAAGGGCAUUUCUCUGGAGGAUUUACACAAGCUACUUUACGAUUCCAAUCUAGAUCCACGCGAAAUUGAAAAGGCCAAAGCUGGGCAAAAACAAGACUUCCCAAACGGCAUACCCGAAUGUGGCUCAGAUGCGCUACGCUUUGCUCUAUGUGCCUACAUUACACAAGCGCGUGACAUCAAUUUAGAUAUAAAUCGAGUGCAGGGUUAUCGUUUUUUCUGUAAUAAGUUAUGGAAUGCAACGAAGUUUGCGCUGAUGUACUUCAGUGGCGAUGAGAAGUAUUCGGCAGAUUUGCCUCUCAGCGGAAAUGAAAACAACAUGGAUUUGUGGGUGCUAUCACGUUUGGCCACUGCUAUCGACACAUGCAACACUGGAUUCGCGCAGUAUGACUUUGCAGCUGUGACGAGCGCUUGCUACAGUUUUUGGCUAUACGAUUUGUGUGAUGUCUACUUAGAGUGCGUCAAGCCGAUCUUCCAAAACGGGAGCGAGGAACAGAAAGCCGCUGCUCGUCGUACUCUCUUUAUAUGCUUAGAUUUUGGUCUGCGGAUUUUAUCACCUUUCAUGCCGUUUAUUACCGAAGAGUUAUUCCAACGACUGCCACGUGUGGACACUACACCAAGUAUAUGUGUGGCUGCCUACCCAGAAAACGUUAGUUGGCACAACGAAAAAGUCGAAAAAGAAGUUGAGUUUAUGCAGAAAGCUGCCCGUAUAAUACGUUCAGCGCGCUCUGAUUACAAUCUGCCUAAUAAAGUGAAAACCGAGGCGUACAUUGUUUGCACCGAUGAGCAACCCAAUGCUAUAUUGAAGAAAUAUUCCGGUGAUUUGACGACGAUUGCUUUCUGUUCUAAGAUCGAAUUCGUUACUGAACCCCCGGCAGGUUGCGCUAUACUAACUGUUAGCGCGCAAUGUGAAGUGCAUUUGCUGCUUAAAGGUCUCAUUGAAUCGGAUAAGGAAAUUACCAAGUUGCAGAAGCGGAAAGAACAGUUAGACCAAACUGUGAAAAGGUUGAAGCAAGCGAUGCAGGCAGCUGAUUAUGCAACUAAAGUACCCGCUGAAGUGCAAACAAUCAAUUCCGAAAAACUACAGCAAUCGGAGGGUGAAGUCCAACGCAUUAUCGCAGCUAUUGAGACGUUGCAACUAAUGUAGGCACAAAGUAUUUUCCCGGGGGUGCUGAUGCACCUGAAUACACACUGCUCUUACCACUACGCAUUUAUGCUUUGCUUGGCAUUCAAAUUUAAUUUCUGUUUUUUUCCCCCGAAGCAUAUUUUAUUAGUUAACUUAAUUUAUUUUUAGAACAGUGGUUAUUACUAAAUUUUUAAAUAUUACUAAUAUAACGAUGUGAACUUGAGGAUUUGAAUGUUAUCAAGCGCUAGUUUAAAAGAUAUUAAAAAGUUUGGGGAGAAAUUCUUUGUUAUUGAUUGUGGUUAAGAGAUUAUAUUGAAACAACUGAAUCCAAUCCGUAUAAACAUGGAAAGUUACUGUCGAUAUACAAACACUUUUAUUGUCCAAAUAGAUGGUUUAACAUACUUAAUA